UAAGUAAACUGUCAGAUAACAUAUUAUCAUCAUAGCUAUCUUAUUUACAAAAAUGUGUUAAUAUUGAAUAUUCUUAAUAUCCAGUGUACUGAAGUAGUAAGAAAGAGCUAACGUUAGCAAUGCCAACUUCAUUACUGUCUUUGUUUAUGGCUAAAUGACUUAAAUGUAAAUGUAAUGUAAUGAUCUGGCCAGGCUACAAGCCGUUUUAAAUUUUAAUAACCAACAGCGCCUAUUAAUAAAAUACUUAAAGCGCAUAAUGGUUGUAUUCCACGGUGGGUCUCUGUUUUCAAACAUCACAUUACAGAACAUUUGCGGAACGCCAGUCACAAUUCUAUUCCUCGUUGUCCCUCAUUUUCAUAAUGAUACCACGAAGCUAGCUACAAACGUCUUAAUUUUGAUAUGCCGGAUUAUUUUUAGAUAUGUGAAGUCUUACAUUUGUUGGGAUAAAUAGCACGACUAUUAUGUUUUUUCUUUAAGCUAUGUCAACGGAGUUGACAGGUGCAGAGGUUACUUUUGGUCAGACAACGACAUGGCCUCGCUCACUGGACCUUUUUAUUUGAUUUAUUAAUUUGAUGUUCGUAAACUAAAAGGCAUGUAACAUUGCCUAAUUGUAAAAAAUGAAUGAAUGUUUGAGCAAAUGAUUUGAUAGCUAUGUGGGUUAUAUUACAGGUUUAUACUAAAACGUUGGUGAAUACUCUGUUCUGAUUGGCUAGAAUGGCAUUCUAGAAUAGACAUUAAGUAAGGGAUAAUCGAGGGGCUAUGCGUUCUCUGGAAAAGAAUGAACGACGUAGAAGGUGUUCCAUAUUACGCUAGCAGAGUGGAACUAACAUUCUAACGUGAAUUAUUUUUCCAGAGAAAGCAUAGAGCCCCGAGUUGAUUAUCACUUUUAUACUAUUGCUAUAAUUGAGCACUUACCGCUAGAAAUGGGUUAAUUUGCUGGUAGAAAUGUGUUCAACAUCCACUGAAGUAGCUAGCAAGUUUACUAGACAGUGACAGUAAUCGCCUUGGUAACCAAACAGACUUGCUAGUUUUAGCUAACCAAACCAUCGGUCCUAGCUUGCUAUUAUGAAAAUCUAAUUCAACAAUGCCAAUAAGGUUUUCAAUUCGACUUUUGUUUCAGAAGCAGCUCAAACAUAGAACAUGGAAGAACUAUAUCCAUCGAAGUUUACCGUGCAAAUAUACUGUGGGCUAUAGGGAAAUAAUGCAUGCUCUAGAAUGCCAUUCAAGCCAAUCGGAAAUGAGUAUUCAACAAUGCCAUGGUAUAAUUAAGCAAAAGGGCCCGAGGAGGUGUGGUAUAUGGCUAACAAACCACGGCUAAGCGCUGUUCUUAUGCACGACGCAACGUGGAGCAUAUUGGUGAAUACCACAAACCCCUGAGGUGCCUUAUUGCUAUUAUAAACGGGUUACCAACAUAAUUAGAACAGUAGAAAUAUAUGUUUUUGUCAUCCCUGUGGUAAUACGGUCUGAAAUUCCACAGCUGUCAGCUGAUCAGCAUUCAGGGCUCGAACUACCCAGUUUCUAAAACUAGAUAAUGGGACAGUUGGAAACGUUGGCUAGCUAGCUCGCAAGGCAUAAGCACGUUGCCAUGAAACAUAAAGAACAAACGACUGCAGUCACGUCCAUAAAUAUCGAACGAAGGUUGCUAUAUCGAAUCUCUGAGCUGACAAGGUAAAAAUCUGUCGUUCUGCCCCUGAACAAAAUAGUUCACUGUUCCUAAGCCAUCAUUGUAAAUAAGAAUUUGUUCUUAACUGACUUGACUAGUUAAAUUAAAACAAAAAAUAAACAUUACCUUGGAAAAAUUAAUUCCGUUAUUUGUCCAUUAUUUUCAAGGUCAUGUCAGAAGAUUAUCCCUUACGUUGUUGCCAUGAAAUAUACAUUUGCGGAUUAUUUGUAUAUAUAUAUGUACAUGUAUGGUUUAUAUUAUAUAUGGGUUAUAAAGCAAAAAAUGGUUUAUUUACCAAGAAUGUUCAAUAUCAGCCCUAAUGACAGGAUAGAAAACUAAUGCCAGUCAUCACCCUGUUUUGUAUUGAUAUGGUUCUUGCUACAAUUUGUACAGAUGAGGAGUUUGAUGUACAGUAUAGGUUUGUUUCAAGGCUUGAGGUACAGUACAGGUUUGUCUUUCUAUUUCUGCCAUCUGUAAUAGCAGUAGCAUUGAAUAGUCUAUCUAACAAUACAACCUUGCCAAUAGCCUUGGUCCUACCAUUCAUGCAUCACACAGUAAUCUUCAGUGUGUUAAAGGUCAUUGACCUCAUGCUAUGACAUGCUUCUACGUGGGUAGUAGUAUCCUGUCUGAUGAUGAGGCAGUCGACAUGUUUUUCUUGAAACAGCUGAAAGGAUUUCACUGUUGCUGAUUUGAAAGCGUUAGAGCACAUCAAGAAAAAUAAUCAUGUGGCUUGGAAAAACAUGUCUGUCUCUUCAUUUCUUGGAAUAGAUUAAACUGAAUCUGUGAACACAAUGUUGUGUCAGUCAGUGUCAGUCUAUGUAAUGCGUAUCACUAUGAGCAACCAGCUGUGUUUGCGUAACAGUUUUAAUAGAUGUGGUCUCUGGAAAUAUAAUGCAAAAAGGGUUAGUCACAGUCAGCCUGUUGAGAUGACUACUGUAGAGAGGAACCGUAUCACUUCCUGUCCAAUACACUCUCCUAUUGGAUGAGAGCAGUUGUGGGUGGAAGCAGGAGAAUGUAUGUUAGCUCUUUGUGAGUGCAGCUGAGUUAAUGAAAAACCUGAGACAGGGAGUGAAGAAUAAACAUCUUGUGUCUAAUAAACAAUAUCUCGACCAGGCUUUUUGUUUAAGGAAAGAGGAAGAGGUGUUGUUAGCGUACUUCAGAACAGUAGAAGAAAACCAUGGCAAAGAGAGAGAAAGCCAAGUCCACCACAGGCAAAGCAGAGGGCCCCUAUCGUUGUGUGGAGAACUUUGACAACCUGGCCCGGGAGGACUUUGAGGGAAAGGACACUCUAGACAAGCUGUUUGAGCAUGCAGUGCAGCGCUUCGGCAACACAGACUGCCUGGGUACCAGGGAGCUCCUAAAUGAGGAGAACGAGACUCAACCCAGCGGCAAAAUCUUUAAGAAGCUGAUCCUGGGGGAGUACAGGUGGCUGUCCUAUGACGAGGUGGACCAGAUCAUCAGUCAUCUAGGUAGUGGACUGGCAGCCCUGGGCCAGCAGCCCAAGAGUACCAUCGCCAUCUUCUGUGAGACACGAGCAGAGUGGAUGAUCACUGCACAGGCCUGCUUCAGACGCAACUUUCCAUUGGUCACUCUGUAUGCCACCCUGGGGGAGGAGGCAGUGGCCUAUGGCCUGAAUGAGUGUGGGGCCACUCACCUGAUCACCAGCACAGAGCUACUGGAGACUAAACUCAAGAGUAUUUUGCCAGAAAUGCAUAACCUGAAGCACGUUAUCUAUGUGGACAACAAGAGCAUCAGAAGGUCUGGUUACCCAGAGGGCAUUCAGAUCCACAGCAUGCAGGCAGUACAAGAGCUGGGAGCCAAACCUGACAACUUGAGUAUAGCUGUGCAGCGGCCCCAGCCCAAAGACCUGGCUGUGGUCAUGUACACCAGCGGCUCCACAGGACAACCCAAAGGAGUCAUGAUCAUCCACAGCAACCUGAUCGCUGGCAUGACGGGCCAGUGUGAGAGGAUCCCAGGCCUGGGGCCGAAGGAUACCUACAUUGGCUACCUGCCUCUAGCUCAUGUGCUGGAGAUGACUGCUGAGAUCUCAUGUAUGACGUAUGGCUGCAGGAUUGGCUACUCUUCCCCACAAACACUCUCUGACCAGUCAACAAAAAUCAAGAAAGGCAGUAAGGGAGACUGCUCUGUGUUGGGGCCUACUCUGAUGGCAGCUGUUCCGGAAAUAAUGGACCGCAUCUACAAGAAUGUGAUGAACAAGGUGCAGGAGAUGAGCUAUGUGCAGAGGACUCUGUUUAAACUGGGCUACAACUACAAACUGGAACAGAUCAAAAUGGGCUAUGAUGCCCCUCUCUGCAACUUGCUGCUGUUUAAGAAGGUGAAGGCUCAGCUGGGAGGGAACAUCAGGAUGAUGCUGUCAGGAGGGGCACCCUUGUCCUCCGCCACACAGCGAUUCAUGAACAUCUGCUUCUGCUGCCCUGUGGGACAGGGCUACGGCCUCACAGAGACCUGUGGAGCAGGUACCAUCACAGAGGUGGCAGACUACAGCACUGGGAGAGUAGGAGCCCCCCUCAUCUGCUGUGAGGUCAAACUACGAGACUGGGUUGAGGGUGGAUACACCAGUCAGGACCAGCCCCACCCGCGUGGAGAGAUCAUGAUUGGUGGGCCCAAUGUUACCAUGGGUUACUAUAAGAGUGAGCACCUGAACAAUGACUUCUGGGUGGAUGAGCAGGGCCAGAGGUGGUUCUGUACCGGGGACGUGGGGGAGAUUCACCCUGAUGGCUGUCUGCAGAUAGUGGACCGUAAGAAGGACCUGGUCAAACUGCAGGCUGGAGAAUACGUGUCCUUGGGGAAAGUGGAGUCUGCUCUGAAAAACUGCCCCCUUAUUGAAAACAUUUGUGCAUAUGCAAACAGUGACCAGAACUAUGUGAUAAGCUUUGUGGUGCCGAACCAGAAGCAGCUGACAAUUCUGGCCAAUAAGAACGGCAUCAGUGUCGCCUGGGAGGAGAUCUGUAAUCACCCGGCCAUGGAGAAAGAGGUCUUGAAGGCCAUCAAAGAGGUGGCUACCUCAAUCAAACUGCAGCGUUUUGAGAUCCCAGUGAAAGUGCGUCUGAGCCCAGAGCCCUGGACCCCUGAGACUGGCCUGGUGACGGACGCAUUCAAACUGAAAAGGAAGGAGCUGAAGAACCACUUCCAGACUGAUAUCGAGAGAAUGUACGGAGGGAAGUAGAGCCACUAUCUGAUCUAACCUAAGAAUGGUUUUCUGACAACUUUCACCAGUGAAAUGAGUGGGUGUGUGUCUGAAUGUGCGUGUAUGAUUGCGUGCAUAUGCUUCAACGCAUGUGUGAAACUCUGGCUGAGUGUCUGCGGGAUUUCGCUCAUCCUUUGUACUUGAUUGAUGAAAUAAGGUCACUAAUUAGUAAGGAACGCACCUCACCUGGUUGUCUGUCUUAAUUGGAUGGAAAAAUCAAAAACCUGCAGACACUUUGCCAUCUAUGGAAUGAGUUUGACAACCUGCUUCACAGCAUUAUGUCUGAACUGAAGAAUUGUCUUUCCACAUUGUCUCUUUUGUCACAUUAUGAAUGUCAGUCCAUAAAGUUCAGCACAGAGGGAUCAGCUGGUUAGUUACGGCUAUUUGUAUUGGAGAUCGCACAGCGUUGUGUAAAACGCCAUUCGAAUGCAAGUCUUGUAUUUGCAUAUUGUAUUUUGCCUUUGGGAUUUAUUAUGACAUGUCUGUAAAUAGUACUAUUUUUGUGUCUAAUUGAGGUAGGAGUCAUAAUGGCCUUUACUCAAUGAGAUUUGCUCAACUCCUGAGUCCUCUUCUCUGUCCCAGCUGGCCUCCUUUUGAGAAAGGUCAACAUAAUUGAUGAAAACAUUUUUGCUGCCCCCUAGUGAGCAAGCCCCCACAGUGCUGCUGUAUAAAUUGUUUGCUUGUUCUGUACAUAGGAUCACAUUACUGCCACGCAACUGCCGAGCCCCCACAAUCCUAGGCUAUUGCACAUAGAUCAAACCUGAGUGUAACUUUGGCCAUUUCUGUCACCUGUGCUUGUGUAAUUUAUGUUUUCAUGUUUUGAACCUGCUCAUGACAUUGCUAUAGUUACUCAACCCAAGUAUGUCAUGUUAUGUUUUGGAUUUUUCAGAUACUAGAUAAAUGGUUAAUGUCAUACUUGCUAUGUUACAGCAUGGAUUAUCAUUUUUAUUUGAGCAAAAAUGAAGAUAGUCCCUUAGCCUUUUUCAUGCUGAUCUCUUCCUAUAACUCUGUAUUACUGUACGAUAUUUAUAGUCUUCGAUGUUUCAAGUCAUCUUUAUAAUGUACUGUAAUAGUUCUACAUUUCUGACCUAUGGAUAUGCCAACUUAAUAGCCUACACUCUUAAAUAAUUUAACAUUUUGUGACAAAGUUUAUCGAGAUAUGAAAUACUCAAUAUAAUUCAAUGCAUUUUUUAAAUUAUAUGAUGUUGAAAAUCCAAUUGAGUUGCAUGUGUAAAGAACUUCUAUUUAAAAUAUUUUGUAUGUAUAUGAAGGUCAAGUUAAACGUUGAACCAUUUUACAUUUUUUGGAUGAAUUUGUACUGUUGGAACUGUUUAAAGGUCCCAAUUGUGCUUCUUGAAACUUUGUGUGGAACCUUGAUGAAAAGGCUGUGUAUCAGCAAGUUUGCGUUUUCAUUCAGAAGCUGUUUAAUGUGGCAUAUAAUGCAGUAGAAGAGAAUUGAUGGGGUUGUGACAACUGAAACGUGAAAAUCAAUGCCAAAAAUAAUAUUCCAGGAUGCAUUGCAUUCAUAACAUAUAUAAUACCAUUUUUAACGAUUUUGCAAAUAUCCCCAAUUGCCAACACAUUGGGGUGAAACAUACACUGUUCAAAUUAGCCAUGAUACCACUCUAAUCCAUCGAGUCCUAUCAUGGAUAUGUUCCAAUAGGAGUAAGAAAGGUCCAAAAAAUGUUUUGUGAAUGUUUUAUUAUUCUUAUACUCAGGGUUACAUCCACCAAGAAUGCAACUGCGGUAGUAUUUAUUUUGAGACUCAUCUUAUGUUAAUUGUGAAGCACUUAGGUUGUGUUUACAAUGGCAGCCCAUUCUGAUAUUUUUUCCACUAAUUGGUAUUUUGACCAAUCACAUCAGAGCUUUCUCAGAGCUGAUUGGAUUAAUCAAAAUCCCAAUUAGUUCAAACAAGUUCAGAAUUGGGCUGCCUGUGUAAAUGCAGCCUUCUCUCUCCAUUUAUAUUGAUGUGAUGUUUUGUUAAUUUGUAUUAUUUAUUCAAAUCUGUUAAUAUGUGAAUGAAACAAUGUGUGAUAGGGAUGGGCAGUGUGUACCUUCUGGUUAUGUCAUUUGAAAGUACAUAUUCUUUUUAUAUGAACAUAUUAAAGCUUUCUGCACACUG